AUGUUGGAUCAAUUACCACAUAUUAUACAAAACAAGAUCAUUCAUUAUUGUUGGGACUUGAAAUGGAUUGGAGCAGAUCUUUAUACAACAAAGCAAGCGAUGGCUUUGUCUCAUGUCAGCUGGCAUUGGUUUGAUCAAUGCAAAAUCAAAUACAAUCAACGUGAGAGCAAACCAUUCAACCCAUACAGAUACAAAGCAGAAGAGUACAAGACACACACCAACAACCGUUACUGUAUGAUCGAGUCACCCAACACGUUGUUGUUGGAAAAGAGCGAGCACAUUGUCAGCUACAGCAUCUACAACGUCAUUGGUGCAUCGUUGAGCUCGGCAUGGGAGUAUAUGGUGGGUGAUCAACUCACUGCCUUUUCCAAGCACGUUGCAUCGGGCACCAUCAAGUACAACGGUGUCACUGCAUCUGGCUACUUUUUCGACGAGGUUGAAUCGAUUAUUGUACGUUCGCACACAUUGGCACAGUUCUCUAAAAAGGACGUGUCUGGUGGUAUCGCCCAAAUGAUCGGUGCUAUUGCCAAGUACAAGGCCGACAAUAUCAACAACCCUGCCUGUCGUCCCAUUCGUACCGUCGAGUUGUCUCUUAGACCCGACGGCGUGCAAGACGUCAUCCGUGCACUCGGACCAGUCCGUGACACGAUCGUUUCCCUCGACGUACCCUAUUCGUCCAACCUCGACCCAUUCAUCAAGCAGGCAUCAUCCUUGCGCAACCUCACCGUCUCGUUUGAAGGUACCCACCAGACCUUGCGUCCAUUGAUCAAGAGUAUUCCAGAGAGUUUGCGUUCACUCCACUUCCGUAUCUCGGUCACCAUCGAGUUGCCAUGGGAUGCCAUGGAAGAGAGUUUGACCAAUGUCACCUCGUUGGCCAUCCAAGAUCCAUCUCUCAAGGGUGAGGAAUACCUCAACCUCUUGUACAGAAACAACUCGAUUGCUUCGUUGCCAAUCUACACAUCCUAUCACAUUGAGACCGUUCCAAUCAGCGCCCAAGUCUUUGGCGAAAAGACAAACAUCAAGUCGAUCAACCUCAGUGUUGUCGGCGAGCACGACGUUGUCUUGCACAAAGAGUAUGAGCACCUCAGCAUUACCUUUGCCAAUGGCAGAGCCGUCAACAACUAUGCCGAGUUCACCAGUCUCCGUGACCUCUACCUCACCUAUGUCGGCGGUGUCCCCAACGAGCACAUCGAUCAACUACGUGAAUUACUCGAAGUCAACGAAAAGCUUGACAAGCUCUCGCUUCGUAGUGGCUCCACCAAAGAGCAAGUCGAACAGCUCCCUCUCAUCCCCUUCUUUGAAGUGUUUGCCAAAUCCAGUGUCAACCGUGCCUAUUUCUGUUUCUGGGAGACCAAUUCCGACACUGACAAGGAAUUAUUGGCAAAGAUCCAUGACAUUGUAUCUUCAAACUAUGUAUUUUGUAUUCACUCAACCAAAGGUUUUGUUUUAAAUAAGAUUUAUCAAUAA